CUUGAAUUUGACUCCUUAAUCUCUCAAACAAACCACAUCCUCCUCGAUCAAUGAACCUCUUUGACGUUGUGAAUCGAUCCCCUCUUCCAUAUCAUUCAGAUAAUCCACUCUAUGGUUUCAGCGUUAUAUGUUGCCAACACACUUUCCACUGUUGAAUGGAUGUGUAUCCCUAAGUCUCUGCUGCCCCGUGAUCCCGUGAUGUCAAGUAGUUUACCCAGCAGUGACCAUCUAUCAAACCAGAAAUGAUGUGGAUGCUCCACUAUAGGCUUCUACUUUAUUCAGU